GCUCACAGAGUGACUGCAACAAUGGCUGCGUCCGUCAUGUUGCUAAAGAGGAGCUGAGGCUCCCACAUUCAAUGGGUACGAGUUUUUUUUCCCCCCAAAAUAAUUGUAGGUUUGUCCCCAAACAACGCGGCUAAGCGUUGGAUGGAUGCAACCACUGCUCUGAGCUCACUUCAUAUUUCUUAAAAAGCAUGCACGUUUCACACCAGAACCGGGGCCUCACCUUUUGAAAAGAAAUGCCGUUGUGCUCAUAUCGUGAAGGAACACUUCUCCCGGCUCGAAUUUAUUGAGCGGCGACAGUAGACAAGAACUUCCUGAACUUACUGAGAGUAAAAAAGAAAUCAGACUGCAGAACUGGUGGUUUUGUAUGAUAUUCAUCUCCGAGAUGAUUAAAACCAUCAUGGAGCUCAGAAGCCUUUUCUGAAUGACUCUGGAGACGAGAUACCUGAUCCAUAACGUUAUCUGCUGGAACUUAUGGAACUUAAACAUGACGAGGAGAGGUUCGUGCCGCAGCCGCUGCCCCUCCUCCCCCCCCGCCCCCACCGAGCUGUGUCUGAGCAACUCCCAUAGACCUGGAUGGAUGGGAAUGGGGAGAGCAGCCGCUCACUACCCCGGGGCUCAGCGCCCACACACCGCCACAACAGCACUCAUCAUCAUCAUCAUCAUCGCCACCUGCGCCGCGACAGGGUAUUGUCAACAACCACAAUAUCAUCAUCAUCAGCAGCAGUGCAGGAUCCAGAAGUGCACGACUGAUUUUGUGGCUAUUACAUCUCACUUGAGCUCUGGCCCGGAUGCUAUCAGCUCUGAGUUCUGCACCGCCCUGCGAGCCUAUGCCCUUUGUACCGAGCGCACGGCCAAAGCUUGCCGGGGUAACCUCGUUUUCCACUCGGCCAUGCUGGGCAUCACCGACCUGAUGAGUCAGAGGAACUGCUCGAGGGACGGGCCCACUUCGAUUGCAGACCCAGACACCACUCCAGUCAACCACAACAUGGGCUUCUGUAACUACGAGAGUCGGGCUGGGGUGGCGAGGGGCUAUGGAGGAGCAGCAGGCACCGGGCAACAGUCAACGCGCCGUUAUGUGUUCUGUGGCUUGUUUGGAGAUCCGCACCUCAGGACUUUCAGGGAUCAUUUUCAGACUUGCAAAGUGGAGGGAGCCUGGCCCUUGAUUGACAAUGACUUCUUGUCAGUGCAAGUGACUAAUGUCCCUGUUGUACAGGGAUCCAGUGCUACAGCUACAAACAAGAUAACCAUCAUAUUCAAAACCUAUCACGACUGCACAGAUCAGAAGGUUUACCAAGCGAGGACAGAUGACCUGCCUGCAGCCUUCAUCGAUGGUACAACAGUAGGAAAUGGUUGGGUAAAGAGUUUGUGGAUCGUAGAGAAAGCCAAUGGCAAACACGUGGAGGUGCACGCAAAGUACAUAGGAAUGACAGUCAUUGUGCGCCAAGUGGGACGCUAUUUAACCUUUGCGUUGAGAAUGCCUGAGGAAUUGGCCCUGUCUGAGAAUGACAACCAAGGACUGCAACUCUGUGCCCGUGGCUGCCCAACGAAUGAACGCAUUGACGAAGGUGGCCAUCUCCCUCUUCCGGCCAGUAGUCAAAGCCACCUGCAGCUUCCCCACAAUCAGUGGAGGAGUUCUUACACGUUAGAAAACGCAACAGCCAAAUGCUAUGAGAAAAUCCAAGUAAAGGACGUCUAUUUUCACUCCUGUGUUUUCGACCUGCUGACGACCGGAGAUGCAAACUUUACAUCAGCAGCUUACAGUGCUCUCAAAGACCUGGAGACAUUGCACCCAAAGAGAGAGCGCUGGCAUAUCUUUCCCAAGAGCAACGGUGGAACCCGAAGCGACACAGCAUUAUUUGCCGUUUCUGUUGGACUGCUUUCUUUUGUUGUGAUUGUGUUUUUGUAGUUUUUUUGUUUAUAAAAAUAUUAAAUAUAUAUUGUUAUAAUAUAUUCAGAAAAGUAUAUAUGUAUAUACAGUAUAUAUGAAGGGAUGGCAAUCCUGAGCAAGUGUGAGAUUGUACAUAUUGUGUCAUUUGUUACGUAAGUUCAUAUGAAGUUGGAUGUUGUGUACUUAUUUUGUCAAAAGUUUUUGCAAGUUGUGUAUGAGUUGUGAUGCCCCGCAGUAGGGUCUGUUGUUACAAAGGGCACUUUAUGUUUCCACUUACUGACACUUAAAAUGGCUACCGGUAAAUGGCUAUGAUUUACUUCGCUGUCUGUCCUGUCAACUUUUCAAAACAAAACAUUUGGUAUACGGUCGCAGCAGGAUUUCCAGAUGUGCUUCUUGGGUCAUGAAAUAGAAAUGUUUAUGUGUAAGGAGUGAAUUGUCUAAAUAUGUAAAUAGUUAACUUAUUUAUAAAUGUCCUGCUAGCUAAGAUGAACAUAAGAGCAGAUUCCAUACUACUUCUGGUGUGUUCACUCUGCUGUGAGUGUGGUGCCACCUCGUGGAUUGCACUUGAGUUACUUCAGUGUUCAGGUCAGCAGUGAUUACAAACUAAAUAUGUGAUUGUAGAAGAGGGAUUGUUUAUGCCUUUUAGAAUUAUGGUUGUGUUGGUUGAAAACAUGUUUUUUAAAAAAAAAAACAGCAGAAGGUCGAUAUUGGACUGAAUGUUUUAAAAGCUACUGCCGUAGAAGACUUUUUUUCCCUAGACCAGUAAAUGUGUUAUCUUGUGACAUUUGCAUGGUUAACUAUAUCUUACGGCUUAACAGUAAUGGAAGUAUCCAGUUCUGUUGCACUUAAUUUUUCUCCUUUGUCUUUUGAGUUCCUCUCAGACCACAUGCCAAUCCCGGACUGACAGAUGGGCUGCGAGAAUUGGCCCUGAGCUUCCGUCAGUCUGGAUGUGACUCCUGUAAGAGCCUGGGCAGGGGAGUCCUCACUGUGAUUCCUACUCUCACUCAGUAACAUCUCCAGAAUUGGCCACAAUGGGGCACUCAGAUGUGAGGAAGUCAUAGUUGCACACCUAGCUCAAUCGCAUUGGAGCACCAAGAUGCUGUGCCGCCUUUGAGUUCUUGUUUUAUAUAUCAAUCUACGUGACUUCUGCAGUGCAAAGUAAACCAGUGCAGUAGAGCAGCAGUGAGGCAAUAUUGGGUCCUCGUUCAUGAUCCUAGAUAGAGGUCUAAAUUGGAAAUAUAAAGGUCAGGUGGAAAUGAGUUCUUGCUAAAUAUAAUCUGCCAAACGCAAAUUGGUCUCAUCAAAAUGCUGUGUACUCUUGAGAUAAAUGUUCUUGCAUAUGUAUAUGAAUGAAUUCAUGCAGCUUUUCCCACAGGCAGGCUCAGAAAAGGUUAGGGUGGCAUUAAUGAAUCCGCUAAUUGCUUUGUUGUCCAGUGACCAUAUCACUUGUUUUACUUUUCCUUGGAUUCAUUUCUCCCAGACAUGUACAACUUUCACCUACUCCUGUUGCAGAAAAGCCCUUCAAAAUAUCUGGUUUAUUCAUACAAUGUAUCUGGAUCAUUUUUAUCAGGGAUAAAGGCAAACUGAAGAGCAUUUUCAGGGCUCCCCAUUAAAGUGUACAGUAGAAUUAUUUGUCCGGUCUAUCUUGAGGACUAAUGGUGGCAUUUUCAUUCCAAAUGGAGUUCACAAACUGGAUUCCUGUAAUCCUUCCACCAUCAUUAAGCACGCUUAUUGGGCCUGAAGUAAAAGUAUUUUCUCAGCUGGACUUGAGUGGAAAUCUUAGAUCACUUGAUGAGUGAGUAUCCCAGAAAGCUAAUGUUGAGCCCUGAACAUCCCCACCCCCCCACUCUCUGGUUUUCUCCUUUCAGUGAAAUUUAACAGAUUCUGGCAGUGUGUCAGACUCUCCUCAAACUCUUUUACCAUGUGCUUUUGUACCUGGCUACCAUUCCUAAGCCACUGAAGUAAAGAGACCUGCAAGUUUGUAUAUUUUAAAAGAAAAUCGCUGUUGAAGUCAAACGUGCUGAUAAAAUGAAACGUGCAUUAAAAUUGUGUUAGGAAA